AUGCUGGCCUGCAUCAUUCUUUUGGGAUGGCUGCUGCUGGUGUGGAUGUACUUCCUUUGGAGCCGGCGGAUGUAUUACAAGGCCGCUUGGCAGUUAAGAGGACCCAUCGGGUGGCCUUUCAUCGGCAUGGGAUUACAAAUGAUGAACCCCGAGACCUUUUUGCAGUACAUGGAUGGCUUGUCGCGGAAGUUCAAGGCCCCUUUUAUUUCCUGGAUGGGCAUCAAUUGCUUCCUUUACGUUAACGAUCCGAAUACGGUGGAGCAGAUCUUUAAUUCCACUCACUGCACCAACAAGGGCGACUUCUACCGAUUUAUGAGUUCGGCCAUAGGUGAUGGAUUAUUUACAUCCAGUUCUCCCAGAUGGAACAAGCAUCGUCGCCUCAUAAAUCCUGCCUUUGGCCGUCAGAUUCUGAGCAACUUCCUGCCUAUCUUCAAUGCAGAAGCUGAGGUUUUGUUGCAAAAGUUGGAUUUGGAGGGAAUCCAACAUGGAAAGAAGCUAGAGAUAUAUCAGAUUCUCAAAAAAAUUGUCCUGGAAGCAGCAUGCCAGACAACAAUGGGUAAAAAAAUGAAUUUUCAACACGAUGGAUCAACUGCCAUAUUUGAGGCUUAUAGUGGUUUGACAGAAGUUUGUGUAAAAAGGAUGCUGUCUCCUUGGCUUUACCCGGAAUUUAUUUAUCGACGCUCUAGACUUUUAUGUCAGCAGCAGAAAGUGGUUGGCGUGCUUCUUGGUUUCAUAGAGCAGCUUCUUGAGCCUAUUGUCUCGGUGGUAUCCCCCCAUGCUACUGACGCAGACCAGAUAACGAACGAGUCAAGGGGCAAGUCCAAGUCCAUAUUUAUUGAGCAGGUGCGGGAGCACGUGGAGCGCGGUCAAUUAAGUUGGCAGGAUGUAAGGGAUGAGGCUAAUGUAACAAUUGCAGCGACCUUCGAGACGACAUCCACAGCACUCUAUUUCACGAUUCUUUGCCUAGCGAUGCAUCCUAACUACCAGGAGAAGCUACAUGAGGAGCUCGUAAGGGAACUACCAUCCAAUGAUAGUGUUUCUCUAGAGCAGCUCCAACGACUCGAAUACACGGAGAUGGUUAUCAACGAGGCCAUGAGGUUAUUCUCACCGGUUCCUAUGGUACUGCGUUCGGCGGAUCAGGACAUUGAAAUCUUUCGUGAAGAUGAAGAAUUUCUGAUUCCUCGUGGCACCCAGAUCGGCAUCGAUAUAUACAAUAUGCAAAGGGAUGAAAGGGUGUGGGGUCCACUAGCAAAAACCUACAAUCCGGAGGCUCAUUUUGGGCCAGACUGUCAGCAGCAACACCCCUUUGCGUUUGUUCCUUUCACAAAAGGACUUCGCAUGUGCAUCGGCUACCGCUAUGCCCAAAUGUUAAUGAAACUGCUGCUGGCCAGGAUCUUCCGAAGCUAUCGCGUUAGCACUGAGGCACGACUGGAGGAUCUCCUAGUCAAGGGUAAUAUUUCCCUCAAGCUUAAAAAUUAUCCCCUCUGCCGAGUUGAGCUAAGAUAAUGAAAUGAGUACUGCCACCAUCCUUCAUCAGGAUCACUGGACAAACUAGUUUCCGUAAUUUUUUAAUUAAAACUGACAUUUUUGUUGCG